CCAUCAAUUUACAAAACCAAGCUACAAGAUCGGCGAAACAAUAGGAACCGGCUAGGGCGAGCAGCGCCUACGGCGUGUAGAGAGGUUAUGAGCGGGACGGCUCGCCUACCAACCGAGGCUGGACAAGGGAGGAGACCACAUGACAAAAGAAGGGGAAACGGGAGCCGGUAG